GUGGGCAUUUUUCUUUUCUCUCUCAACACAAUAUAUUCUAUCCUGCAUCCUGCUGUGUCGCUCUCGUAUUCAUUCUUUCGGACAUUUCAAUUAGCGGUUAGCGGUUAGUGGUCUCUGGACUGGUCAUUAUAGCCGCUGCUAUUAUUAUUAUUAUCAUGCUUUGCUUUUUUUGGUUUUGCUCCCCUGUUUUCCCUGCUUGGCAAACCAAACGCAAGACGGCAGACGUGUCGAACAAAAGCUGAGCGUUUCUAUUCCCCCCUUUUUUCUUUGGGUUUUUUUUUUUCGCGCCGUUAUUGCACUGUGAUGCGCACCUAUUUGAUCUUCCUGUACUUGUAUAGCAACUCUCCCACACACAACCACGCACGAUCGUUGUGCUUCUUUUACCCCACUUAGAACCUGUCCCUGUGCGUUGCCAUGCGUAAUUUUUCGCAAGACGCAGGGUCUGAGGAAUCGUCGCCAACCGCCCUGCGCGCCGAGGAGUGUCGUCCUGGGAAGAAGAAGCGCAGUUUGGCACGCGUGCAUGUGGGGCCCGGUACGGCAACGUUAGGCGGAGAUAAAAAAGAUGAGGAGGAGCUGUUCAACUCGACUGUUGUGGUGACGAGCUGCCUAUCACCACCGGAUGCGAACGAGCUGCACACACCAACUAAUAUUCAGUUGCACGAAGAAGUGUUCGUACACCACCCUUGCUUCGCUGGCAACUCGCCCCUGUCGUUGACGGCGGAAGGACACACGCCGACUCAGCAGCGGAACGGGUCUUUCCUUUUUCAUAGCUUAAGCAGAGAGGACCACCACGGCCCCAUCCAACAUGAGCAGGACCACGAUUGCUGCCCCUUCAUGGCGGUUCGACGAUCUGAGUGGACCCUGCGCAUUAUCUCGAAGGUUCGCCAUACUUCGCCAUUUGACUGGCCGUAUUUGCUCUCUAGCUUCAGCAUAAAGAACGCUUUUAUGUUCUAUCCGCCACCGCCGACGUACGGUUUUUUUCGUGACGAGGACGGUGCAGUUCAAGUGCGCAGCCAGACCGGCAAGCGUGCACCUCGCCUCGACCACGAGCGCAUCGAGUACCUGCGUCGCAAGUGUCGUAUGUCGGACAAGGUGCCGGAUGACCUGGUCGCCGGCGCCCUGCACGGCAUCGCGAUUGCGAGCCAGCAGGACAACGCCGACGGCGGCGGCAGUGGCGACGCGGACUCUGACUCUGAGUCGAGCUUCAAGCUUAUUUUCAUUCCGUGGGAGAAUGAUGUGCAGUCCUACUACAUCCACAGCGGCUCCGUCGUAUUUGGCCGUCGUGUGCACAUGGGACAUCGACUCUUCACGUUGGCCUGGCCGAGCCCUAUUCCGUGUAGCAUUAUCCGCCCUCGCCGCCGCAUGUCGAGUCACGUGGCCAUUUUCUUCCACUGCAACGGCGAGGACAUUGGACGGCCGUCGUGCCUGCGCUUGUUGACACUGGCGAACGCACUGCACAUGACGAUCUUGGUUCCGGAGUACCCCGGCUACGGCCUCUUCGAGGGCCAACCGUCCGAGGCGGCCAUCAACGGCUCCAUGGAACGUGUCAUCGAAUUUCUCUUCUCCAGCGAUCCAUGCUUAACCCCGUCGCGACUUAUCCUCGUGGGCCACUCCAUUGGAACAGGUGUGGCCAUUCACGCUGCGAAGUUUAUCAAAAAGGUUUUUCUCAAGCUGCACGACUCUCCCGACCUAAGCCACCGAAUCCCUUAUGCGUGUCCCAUGUCUCGCGGCCAGCAAAACUCAGCCGGGUACGCCGCAGCAGUGCGGUGUCCGCAAAACGCCCUUCCCGUUCCGUCAAGUGCCGUGCCGGUGACCUCGCCGACCGCCCCGAUUCCCACUUCUACGCCGCACGGCGCCAGCCCACGACCGCCCUUCUCGCCGCCGAAUGUGCCGCUUCCCUCGAAUCGUGUCCCCCCCGACAGCAGUGAUAGCGGCAAGCACGCCGCGGCGCCGCAGCAGGCAGACACCGCGGACACAGGGGCCGACCGACGCAGGGCACGCACGUCGUUGCACGCACCGUACGGCGAGUUGGACGACGCCCGCCGACGCAGCGGACCGAAAGCGACGCCGCCGUUUCUUUGCCCACACUACGCCCUCGGCGGCGUCAUCCUUCUUGCCCCAUUUGCGUCGCUGCGCUGCGUGGAGAAAUGGACGACGCUGCGCAGUCACGGCUUCGAUGUGCAGGAGCUGGAGCGGCGUCGCCUCUCCGUGCCAGAGGACGUUCUCGUACCAGCGCCGGAGGAGUGGGCCGAAGACGCCCAUGCGUUGCGUGACACCGGGGCUGACCCGCCCAACAUGGACUUUUUGCGGCCGUCGCCGCUUCUCUUCGACGUGGCCCGCUACAUUUCGUUCAACCGAUUCCCCACCAUCGACGUCGUGCGAGAGCUGCAGGACGAGGUGAGCUUCUUCACCCAUACCCCGCUGCUGUUGUUGCACGGCGCACAGGAUGUGCUGAUUCCGGCCAUCAACUCCGUCGCCAUCGCGACGAAGUUGCGGCAGGCCACGGACGGCCGGGCCGCCAAGGUGUACAUGGGACUCCUGCACAACGAGGGCCACAACAACCUGCACUGCUCCCACAUCAUCCGCCGCUUCUACAAGGAUGUGAUUCUGCUACCGCAUUUGCGCGCCCAGCGGCAGCUGCGCGAGGAGUUGGAGGAGACGCUGGGGGAUGGCCUCGGGCGGGGCAGUGCCAACAGCAACGUCGACAAGCCUGCUGCGGUGGGGCCGAUCGAUUCCGCCUCUUCAUCGAAUAAGUCUUCUCCGCCUCCACCACCACGCUCUCCUCCUUCGGCGAGCUCGACCACCGUGGACGCUGAUGGUGAAGGCAGCUGUGGGGAGCCGCACGCGUUUGAGGCACCGCUGCUUCACUUCCCCAUCGUAGGCACCAACCGCAACACGGAGCCUUUUGACGAGGAGCGGCCGGUGCGGUCCGCCUCGAAGUCCACCACGCAGCAACCUGGCACCGGUGCGACGGCAACUGCGGAUGCUGCAGCGUCAGCGGCAGUCCCGCCGGCGCCAGCUGCCCGACCGCCAAAUGAGCCGUAUCUGUAUUUCAUCGAGCCCGCCUUCACCGCAGAGGGCGGGACGUGGCUGGCGAAUGGCAUCUUCGCCGGCCCGGUCCGCAUUCGACUCCUGCACCCGCCUCAGCAGCGCAACUCCACGACGACGGAGGUGGGGGUCGUGCCAGAAGAGGGAGAGGCGCAUCCGCACGCGUCUCCUGCUGCGAGCAUCCUCAUGAUGCAGGCCGCCGAUCCACGGCGGGCGCACUCGCGUCAUCAUCAACACGACCACCUCCACCAACACCAAUACCGCGACCUGUACGAUCCCGCGGUGGAGGCGCAGCCGUCGUCUCCGCGUACGCAGCGGACAAGACACUCAAGCCGCCUUCUGUCCUGUGGCAUGCAGGCCUACCACGCCAGCGAGGAGUUUGAGGAGUCGUUGCGCGACACCCUCCUCCGCACGCAGCCGCCCAGCGUAAACUUUGCCCCUGCGGCAACGAUGCUGCACAUUGCGCUCUUUCACCACCUCGAACACUACGACGUCGGCAGCAUCGCGGUGGCCUCGGUCACGAAGCACUCCGUGGACGCGACGGUGGCGCUGGCGCAGUGGCGGAGCUACCGCCGCAACCACUUUAUCUUCCGCUGCUGCACCGCGCUAUACUAUUUCGCGACCGGGUCCUUCUUCAUCAGCCUCGCCAUUUGCCACGGUGUGCUGACGCGCCCGUCGAAGCUUCGCCCGUACGUGCCAGCCGAGGCCCCGACGAAGCCGUACCACCUGGAUGCUCGGGUGGUUAUUUGGGGGGUGCUGGACGGUUUUGCCUACCUCCUUCUCGGCGUCGUGCGCUUCUUCAACACGCGGCUGGGGUUGGGCAAUUUGAGCAAAUACAUGGACACGCCGUCGAGUAUGCUGGCGGCGUACGCGACGUGCCGGAUCAUGGCGUACAUCUUAUGCGGCGCGGUGGGUAUUUUGAUGGCCAUGAUCAUUGCCCUCACCCCGCCAGACCGCGGUGGCGUGGACUGGGAUCGCUGGUCCGACUUGCCGUACGGCAGACGUGUGUGGAUUGCGGACCUCCCGCGCUGGACCAUGGUGACAUCCGCGUCUGUUCACAUUAUCUUCACGAUUGCCAUCUUCGCAAAGAAUCAUUGA